UCAACAAAACUUUACUUUAAACAGAUCAUUUUCAAGAAAAUUUGAAUUUUUCUUGAGCUAAAAUAAUAAAAUAAUCAAGCUAGAAUUGGGGCUUGCUUUAGCUUGCCUCUUUAUUACUCAUUUUAUAUUCCAAAAAAAAUCACUUCGCCAUUAUUUCCAGGAUUCCGCUCCCUAUGCUCAUUUAUUAUUAAUCCAUACAUAUCAACCAUUAUUUUUGUUUACAAUUUCUUUAAAAUUACGCUAGACAUUUCAACCAUAUUUUCGUUAUAUGCUCGAAGGUUGAUCUAAACAUUUUAUAAAACAAUAAUGUCUAUGGAACAGAGUACCAGCAUUUUAAUAAGAUUAGGUAAUAGAAAAUUUAAAGUUGUUGCCUAAUCACUGUACUUUUCUAUUACUUUAUUGUAAGCAAAAACAGUAAAAAUGAAGUAACAUUAUUUGUUUUCGUUAUAUCUUGAUGAAGGACGUUUACUUUUCUAUUUUAUCCGUUUCUCUGUCUCUGGACUCUUAUUGUUGUUUGCAGUUUUGGAGGAGCCAUAUCAGUAGACAGUGAGAUAACAUGCAGAAAUCCAAAACCAGGAAUGGGUCAUCAGAAAUUCCUCAGAAGGCAUCUUCAAUCGCACCCAGAUCAUCUAGUGUGUCUAAGACGACUAGAUCUGAAUCUGAUUCAGCCAACUUGAAGCUCACACCGACAAACUCAACUGAAAGAAGCCCUAAGAUGAUUGACCGUCGGUUACCCAAAAGCUCAGUCAUUGAGAAGAAACGACCAAUCCAGUCCAGUGAGCUAAAGUCUCAGAUCAGUCAGCUCCAAGAGGACCUGAAGAAGAUGAAGAAACAGCUGAAGUCAUGUGAAUCAUCAAAGAGUCAGGUACAGCAGGAAGCUGAUGAAGUGAAGAAACAGCUCACAGCCAAGUCGGCAAAGCUAGAAGAAUUACAGCUACAGUUGUUGGAUUUUUCUACAGCUGAGGACAAUCGACUCGAAAUGCUUCGUAAAAUCUCCCAGGAGCACAAUAUAGUAUGGCAGUCUGAGCUCGAGGCUCUCCAGAAACAGCAUUUGCUUGACUCGACCACCCUAUUGUCUGCAAUGAAUGAGAUUCAGUGGUUGAAGCAGCAGCUCGAUGUUAUGAAAUCAGAAACAGGACAGGCUGAGGAUUCAAAAAUGAAAAAAUCUGAAGUAGAUACCUUGAAAGAAGAAAUGGCAGACACUCUGUCAAACAUUGAGAACCUUAAAAUUCAGAAUAGGGAGAGAGGGUUGGCAGAAGAAGCAGCAAAAUUUAUUCUUUCCGAAACCCAGAAGCAGCUGGAAAUAGCUAAUACUACCAUUCAAUCUCUCCGUGCUGAUGGUUAUAAUUUUUUGAAGUCCUUGAACUCUGUAACAUCAAAGUUGGAAGAGUCUAAAGUUCGAGUUAGUGUUCUCGAGGAAUUACUAACGGAAUAUCAGAUAGUUGCGGAGGAUAAUGAAGCUGAUAGAAGAAAUCCUCCUUGUAAGAUUGAAUGCGGAGCUUUACAGUUAGAAUUAGAGCAGUUGGGAGUUGCGCUUAAAGCAGCUGAGGCUAAGCACCGUGAAGAACAAAGUUGAACUGCAAUUCAAAUCCAAUCAGCAUAUGAAACUGUUGAGCAUGUGAAGUUUAAUGCAAGGCUGAGAGAAUCAGAACUAAAAUCAACCAUAGAGAAAUCCAAAGUUGAACUUUCAUAGUUGAAUGAAUGAUUGCUUGAAUGGAAAAGGAAGUCCAGAACAUAUCAGAAAGGAACAAGGAGAUGAGAGAGGGAUUGAGGAAGGGUGAGGCUAACCAAUUUGACUCUGAGUUGAAGCUAAUAAAGGCUGCAACAGAUGUUAAAGAACUAAAAGCAAACCUCUUGGAUAAAGAAACAGCUCUCCAAAGAAUUUUGGAACAGAAUGAAAUCUUGAAUUCAGAGCUCAACAAGAGAGACAGUGAACAUCAAAAUAUAUAUUCUGCAGCUAUUGCCGAUGCUGAGAAGGCAAGGGAUUCAGAGAAGGAAGCACUGAUGAGAAUAGGUCUUAUUGAAGACGAGGCCGAGAAGAGCAGUAAGAGGACAGUGAAAAUUUUAGAGCAGCUGGAGGAAUCCAAAGCAGUGAACUUGGAGCUGGAAACUGAGCUAAAGAGGCUUAAGGUGCAGUCAGAUCAAUGGAGAAAGGCAGCAGAAGCUGCUUCAGCAAUUCUCAUAUCUGGAAAUGAUGGCAGAAACAUUGAGGAUUGUAAUAAGAAUUCCAUAUCUGGUAAGCUGACAGGCUCGCUUUUCUUUGAUGACUUGAUGAUGAAUCACUAAAGAAGAACAAUAGUGUACUGAGAAAGAUUGGUGGAUUAUGAAAAAAGAGCCCAAUAUGAGCAUUCCUAAGAUCUUAUGUUGCAAAACCUUUAGCAAUUCAUUGUUGUGAUGCUUCUUUAGCCAGAUCAUUUAGGCUUCAUUUGAUAGAGUUUUCUUUUUUGCUUUUACAAUGGAAAAAUUCAUUGUUGUGAUGUUUCUUUA